CACUCUCUCCCAAACAAACCCUAUUCGCAUCUCUCGCAACCGAGUUCUCGCUCAUUCCACCACCUCCCGAGACGCCAUCCCGCUCGCCCCAAAUCCCCAACCACAAGCCCCGUCUUAAGUUCACCCCAUCCUCUGCUCGUCCCCAUCCUCCGCGGACUGACAGAGAGCUUCGCAGCUGAGUUCACUGAUGACUCUGGAGUCAACGCUACCGCAAAAUACGGGGAAGGAUUAUGGGCUGGCAGUCAGAUGGGUCUCGUUACAGGAUUCCAGACGAAGGUGGACCCCCACGUUGUCUUUGCAGGUGGCGGUCAGCUGUUCAGUGAUUCAUAUACAAGGAAGGAACUUCCUCCUGGGACGUCAUCUAGAAACUCGCAGUUCGUGAGGGUCAUUUCUGCGUGGGUUUUCCAGGAAACACUUAGACUACAUAUUGACAACGUCGAGGAUCAUCGUGUUAAGUAACGAAACUGAGGCGCCCGAGAUGUAUACCAUUAACGACGAGAUUGUGAGUUGCCUGCAGGUUUCAAGGUAUGACGUCUUGUAUACACAGCACACAUCUC